GUUUCAUGGGAGUAUUUUAAUGGUUCAUUGGUCAAAGUGUGUGCAAAAUUCUAAAUUUCUAAUCACACACAACAGCUUUGGUCAAAAAACAAACGCUUCCUCCUACAUCUUCUCAUUUUUUUUCUCAUUCCUUGAUUGUAUGCUGAGAAAAAGAAAAUUAAUAACAAACAAAACCACAUAUUUCUCAACAAACCUGAUACUCUUUGAUUUGCAACUUGUGGCUGGCUUGCCUACAACAACAACACCUACCUCUUCAACCUUGCAUCACCAUCUUCUUUGACUUCUUAGGUACAGUAGGUUCAGUUGGUGAGACUUGGAAAGAGAAAAGGAUGGCUCAAACUGGAAGAGUUAUGCCAAAUUGUUUAUAUGCAGCUAAUCCCUACCAUGAAUGCACUGAGGCAUGCUUGCAUAAGAUCAAGGAAACCAAGCUGCCACCUAAAACUAAGAAGACUUCUGAUUAUCGCAGAAGUGUUACAGAUGGUGAGCUAGGGAAAAAGAUGAAUGAAGAAAAACGCACCAACUCAGGUUGUCCUAAAGCUUCUAAUCCUUACCAUGUGUGUGGUCAUACUUGUCCCAAAACAAUGUCAGGAGCUGAUUCAGGUGUGAUUCCAUUGAAGUUUGGCAGUAAAAAGAAGCUGGGUUCUAAGCCAGAACUUCCUGUUCUUGACAAUAUUCCAGCCUCAAAAAUUGGAGCUAUAUACCUCUCUGAUGCUACAUCACCAAUAUCAAAUUACUAUGAAAAGAAAAAGGUAAAGCCAAAAAGCAAUGAACUAAUACCAGUUUCUGGAGAAUUACACAAGCCUGCCAAUCACAAAGCAGAAUCAGAGAAUGGUUGUGAGCAUCUUGCCGUCCCAGUGAAAACAAAGCAAGAAGGGGACAAAAAUUCUUCACCCAAAGUUGUUCCAAUCACAACUUCUGUUGAUGACACAGGAUCAGAAGCUGUCACCACAAAGUCCCUUUGUGGGUCCUCCAAACAUUUCUGUUCUUCUGAUGACAUUGAUGAUCAAGACAGUGAUGAUGAUAAUGAUGGAGAGGAGACUGAGUCUGUGGUUUCUGAGACACGUGUCCCAGUUGGAAGAUAUCAUGUCAAAGAAAGCUUUGCUCCAAUUCUGAGAUCCAUCUUUGAGAAAUAUAAAGACAUAGGAGCAAGUUGUCACUUGGAAUCACUUGUUAUGAGGUCCUAUUACAUUGAGUGUGUGUGCUUUGUGGUUCAAGAGUUGCAAUCCACCACAAUCAUGCAAUUAACAAAGUCCAAAAUCAAGGAAUUGUUAGCUAUUCUUAAGGACAUUGAAUCUGCUCAGCUUCGUGUGGCGUGGUUGCGUACCAUAGUGGAUGAAAUUGCUGAGAACAUUGAGCUCUUCAGUGAGCACCGCGACGUCGAGGCGGCGAAGGCGAACUAUGAUCUUGAAAUGGAGAAGUUGAGGAAAGAGCUGGAGUCAGAAAAUGAAAUUUUGGUGCAGAAAGAGAAAGAGGUGAGUGAUAUUAAAACAAAGAUUGAAGAUAUCAAAGAGCAUUUGAGUGAGCUUGAGGUGAAGGCUUCUGAUUUGGAUAAGAACUUGUUGUCUAUCAAGUCCAAGGUUCAGAAUUUGGAUAGCAAGUCCUUGCUAGAUGAUCUACUGUGAUAUUAUUCGAUCGAUCAGCUGCUUCAUUUUUCUCAUAAUUAAUUAUGAAACCUGGAAACUAGGCAUUGAAGCUUCUCCUGGUCAGAAUUAAUUAUGAUUUUAUAAUCAAUUGUAGAAGGACUUUUAAAUUUAUGUUUGGCUAAUUGGUAUGUCUUUAGAAUGUGGUUGUAAUAGUUACUUAACAAGUAGAGUUUGCUGCUGAAUAAACGCAUGGGAGGUAUAGGUAAUGUGGUAAGAAUACAUAUUACAACCCGACACAAAUGCACUGCAAUUUUUUAUUUAUAUUGAUUAUACUGUCCCAUCAACAUUUUGGUC